AUGGCUGAUCGCGCCUCUUUCCUGGACCCUACGUCCGCCGUGGCGGCCAUAACAAAACACAAAGCCGAAGCAAUAAAACUAGCGCGCGAACAAGGAACAGCAGUCCAAGAAAUGUGCCGGCGAGCGAAAACAGAAAACCCACCCUACGAAUUCGAAGAACUAAUCGGCAAAGGAGCAUACGGGCGAGUUUAUAAGGGUCGCCAGCUUCCCUCUAAGAAAGUUGUUGCUGUGAAGGUGAUGGAUGUUGAUUCGUUGGAUUAUAAGACGGUUCGAGAUUUCAGGGACGAGUCGAUCAAGGACUUUAUUCACGAGACGAGGGUUAUGAAACAGGUGAAGGAUUCCGGGGCGAGGAAUAUCAAUGAGUUGAUCGAGGCGGUUUCGAUCCAUUCGCAGUUAUGGCUGGUUUGUGAGUAUUGUCCAGGUGGGAGUGUGAGAACUUUGAUGAGAGCUACUGGCGAUAGACUCGACGAGAAGUUCAUCAUCCCCGUGGCACGUGAAUUAGCUAUUGGUCUUCGCGCUAUUCACGAUGCAGGAAUCAUCCAUCGUGAUAUUAAAGCUGCCAACAUUCUAAUUCACGAAGAGGGUCGUCUACAAAUCUGCGAUUUUGGUGUUGCUGGAAUCCUUCAGUCGCAAGUGGACAAGCGGUCUACAUGGAUAGGCACGCCUCACUGGAUGCCUCCGGAGAUGUUCUCAGCCAAGGCCGAAGCCCAUCGAUAUGGCAGUGAGAUCGAUGUCUGGGCAUAUGGUUGUACACUCUUCGAAUUCGCAACUGGCAACCCGCCAAACUCGAACCUCCGAGAACGCAUGCAAAUAGGACGUCAACUCAACCGGACAAAGCCAAGGCUCGAUAAAGAGGAAUACAGUGAAGAACUUAAGGACCUUAUCAACUACGCGCUGGACUCGGAUCCGAGAACACGGCCUACUAUGGCGGAUACCUUGACGCACCCAUUUAUCACGGAUACCGAGGAAUCUCAUCCUACAUCGUCUCUGAGUGAGCUUGUGCGUGUUUAUUACCAGUGGUCACAGCGUGGUGGUCAAAGGAUUUCACUUUUCCAUCCGGGCGGUGCGGCUGCUGCAGAGAUCCCGGACGUGGAUGAUACUUUUGCAGAGGAUUGGAAUUUCAGUACGACGGAUGGCUUUGAGCGACGGUUUUCAGUCAUUGAUCUUGAUGAACUGGCUGCAUCGCUCGCAGAGAUCGAAGAUCAAAUUAGCCCGACCACAGUACAGCCAAAGAAAGACAGUCUCGAUGAACCGCGUGAUACAGACCUGUCUGGGGACGACAAGGCCAAUUUUGAUGAGCGUGUCCGUCGAGGCGCUACAGCCAUGGAAGGUCUUUUUGACAACGAGAAACCUACUUACACAUACGAAACGAAGAACGACUUCGUCCCUGUCGAGCAAAGACGACCGCCCUCAGACCUUCCACUGCGUACAGACACUGAUCGCUCGUCUGUGAUGUCCACAUUCAUCGACAUCGACAUUGGAUCCUUCGAUUCCUCGCAUUAUGCCGCAGCUGCAGCAACCGCACAACCCAUCCAACUCGCCGAUGCAGACACAAUCAAAGCCUACCGCCAACAACGCACAUCAAGCGGCACCAGCUCCCGGUCGUCAAGCAGCAGACGCGAUUCCGAAGAGAUGACAUUCCAGCCCCAAACCGGACCCCGCCCACCAACAAUGGACUGGAAAUUUCCCGUCUUCAUGAAAGCUCCAGAGGAAGAAGCAGAAUCAAAACUAGAAGGAGAAGGACAAGGGGAAACAACCCCCGAGGCCAAACCAGCCGAGCCAUCAAAUCCAUCCGACAAACGAGCAACAAUGGAAUGGACAUUCCCCUCAAUGGCCGCACAACCGGCAGCCGACGGCCCCAGUCUGGACCCCGGCCGCUUCGAAACCCUCAAAGCACCUCUUGUCGACAUGGGCACCGAACCAUCUGAGACUAUCAGACCAAUUAGUAUUGGGGAACCAGGAGACUCGCGCCCGUCUACAUCCGGCUCGCAAGGGUCUGUUUUUAGCUUCGCACCGAGCUCCGAGGCAGAUUACGAUCCCUUCCGUCUCGACAGGCCCACCUCACCAACUUCCCAAUACCCGCACCAACAAUACCACCAUGGACCAUCUGGCUUCGACACCACUGACUUCCCCGAGAUAAUCGACGCAGACGCAGCCUCUUACGACCGCCCCUCAUCUGUCAUCGAAGAGGGUCCCGGUCCCGAUGACCACAACCGUCCAUCUUCAGUAAUAGAAGAGGGUCCCGGCCCUGACGACUACAACCGUCCAUCCUCGGUCAUAGAAGAAGGCCCUGGUCCAGAUGACCGCCCCUCCUCCAUAAUCGAAGAAGGACCCGGCCCUGAUGACCAUGACGAACCAAACCGCGCCUCCUCAAUCAUCGACCUCGAUGGCCCUGGCCCAGACGAAGAAGAUGAAACCGAAACCGAAACAAUAACAACAACCUGGGGCUCCCGCACAAUCGGCCCCCCCUCACGCACCUCAUUCCACAGCCGCACACACCGCACGUCAAAUCCCACCUCAGACCCCUUCUCCGAACCCUUCCCAACAGCAAUACCAUCACGCGAAUACCCAGACCAUGCUCCUGACUCACCACUCGCAGAUGCACUACCCACAGCUACACUGCGACGUCGUCAUGCUGGUAGCGGGGGUGUGGAUGGAGUGCAGUUUCCGGAUCUUGUGCCGCCGAGUGUGGAAAGUUUGGCACAGGGGGCUGAGGAGGGUGUGCUUAUGGGGGAGUUGGAUCGGUUACUUGGGGAUUUUUUGGAUGCGUUGUCUGCAACAGGGGAGGCGUUGGGGAAGACGAGGCCUGGUUCUGGUGGUGGGCGUGGGUUGGAGACGGUGGAGGUUGGUGUCGGUGGAGGAGGUGGUGGAGGGUCUGAAGGGGAAUGA